AAAAUUCCAUGACAGUUGAAGAACAAGAAUCUCGGAAGCUGGGUGGCCAUUCUGUUUUUGUUGUUGUUGUUGUUUGGGUUGCAACAGAGAGGAGCAACAACAAAGAAGAGGGUAUGGUGCAUGCCUGGAAUGUGGGGUGGUCACAGCUUUCACGUUUCAAGUUGAAUUAUGGUGAGCCCAAAAGCAAGAGUGACGGCCCUUGUGCCUCCCUUUCUCCACUUACUGAGGCCCUAAGCCACAAGGAAAUUAGACAUAGCCAGAAGAAGAACAUCAAUAAUAGAAAUAAUAGAAUAGAAAUGUAAAUAGUAUUCUUCUCUACCCCACACAGUAGGGCCCAAGACAAGUUGCAAUAUGAUUUGCCAAAACAACUGUAAACAAUAUUGAAAACAUUUUUAAGAACCUCCCUCAAAUAUUCCUCCAAGGGAGGGAUAUUCAAGGGAAGGUAAAAUACUCAGUUGAAAGAAGGGAUGACUGAGAACCUUAGAUAUGCUUUUAAAAAGGCAACAGAUGAUCAGGCACAAAUAAUCAGCAGGAAAAAAAUUGAGUUUUCCAUGGAGGGCUCUGCUAAACCUAUGAUGGACCUGGGGUAGCUCAGUUGGUAGAGCGUGAGACUCUCAAUCUCAAGGUGAUGGGUUCGAGCCCCAUGUUGGGCAAAAGACUCCUGUAUUGCAGAGGGUUGAAUUAGAUGACACUCAGUGUCCCUUUCAACUCUGCAAUUCUGUGAUUCUAUGCUUGCCAACUUAAGUUACAAUGGUAUGAGUUCCACAUUGCAGGGGAAGUCUGGUCCCUGUUUUGAUAUAGCAUUAUAUAUAUAUAUAUAGCCAAGGCGAUGUUGUUUGGGGACUUGAGGACCAAGGCCGGUAGACCUGAGUCUAAACUUGAGGGUUGCCAAGAAUGGCUGGUUCCAUUUUGUGUCCCUGGAUGCCUAAUGGUUAGGAAGACAAUACUAUGCUGAAGCUUGACUAAAGGUUGCUGGGAAAUGCAUGGCCCCUAUGGAAAACAGAAGCUUCAGGUCUAUUUCAUUGGUCAGACCUGCCUUGUGGCACAUCUGCCUUCUCAGUCUUAAUCCUGCUGCAGUUACAACUGACCUGGUUGCUGCUGUUGUUCAGCUCUGGGGAGGAAAGGGCAGAGGAUUGUAAGGUUCUGUACCCCAAACUUCUCCUUUGUUUACCCCAUGACCAUCGCCUUGGAAAAUUAUGAAACAGGGGAGGACUCUUGGGAGACUCAGAACAGAUAAAUUAAAGUCCUUUGACAUGCAAUUCAUUGCACUCACUUCCACGGAAGGCAGUGUAAGCCACCCACUUAGAUGGCCUUAAAAGAAGAUAGGACAAAUUCAUGGACGUGAAGGCUAAGAGUGGCUUCUAGCCAUCAUGGCUAUGCUCUGCCUUCACAGUCGGAGGCAGCAGUGUUUCUGGGUACCAGUUGCUGGAAACUGCGGGAAGGGAGAAUUGUCUUGGACUCUGGUCCUGCUAGAGGGUUUCCCACAUGCAUCUGGUUGGCCCCUGUGGCCCCAGAGAGUGGAUACCACCAUAGAAAAGGACUUCUUUCUAGUUGAGUUUUUUCAGGUUGUAGCCAAGGCAUGCCCUGUCACCGGAAGCCACAUAACUGGAGGCCGUGAUGAUGUUGGGGUAGAACAGACCACCAAGCUGGCAAAUGAUCCCCUCCAGCACACCCCUCAUACCUAGAUUCCAAGUAUCAUUCUUAGAGCUUCUGAAUGUUGGCCUUUCCUCUUUCUGCAGAUCCUUGCCAAAGUCCGGCCAAUGCCUUUUGUCAGAAAAACAUACAGCGUCAUGUGCUGCGUCAAUAUCGUCUUGCUCAUCAUCUGCAUAGCAUCUCCCAAGUGGCUGGUCCAUCACUGUGUGAAAUCCAAUGUUCAUUUGGGGUUGUGGCUUUUUUGCUUUGAGAAGGACUGUAAACCACACCCGUACAGCAUCGGUUAGGAGGCACAACUGGUUUGCUGUUCUUUCUUGGGUUAAGGGUCAUGGGCCAAACGGACUUCUGGGUAGGAGUUUUAUUUCCAUGCAGUGGAGGCUAGGACGAGUUGACUUGAAUGACGGUCUUACCCCUUAGGUACCCACUCAGUAGCUUUUGUCUGCAGAAGUAGCAUUUUUUUCAGACCUCAGCUAUACAUUCAAAGCAAUAUAAGACCACUUUAAACAAUCAUGGCUUCCCACACAUAAUUUUGGCAACUAUAGUGUGUUAAGUAUGCUGAGAGUUGCUAAGAGUCUCCACAAUUUCCAGAGUUUCCUGGGGAGAGGUUGACUGUUAAACCACUUUGAGAAUUGUAGCUCUGGGGCAGAGGGAGAUAGAGGUCUUCUAAUAACUCUCAGCUCCCUUAACAAACUGCAGUCCCCAUGAUUCUUUGGAGGAAGACAUGGCUGUUUAAAAUAGUAUGAUAUUGCUUUAAAUGUACAGGGUAGAUGGAGUUAUAGUGUGGCAGCAUCUAUGCUCUGGAACUUAAUAUUAGGCCACACCUUGGUUGUAGCCAAUUCGUGUUUACCCAGAGUAGGGUCACUGAAAUUAAAGACCAUAGCUUACUUAGGUCCAUUACUUUUAAUGGGUCCACUAUGAGUAAAAGUUAGUGAAGAACCGGCCCGUUGUUUUCAACACUUGCUAAAAACUUUUUUGUUUAGACAAGCCUAGAGGAACGUGCAAUUUUUGUUUGUUUUGCAUAUUUGUUUGUAAAACUGUUGGUUUUAUCUAAAUUUUGGUGAUGUUGUUAUGUCUUCUUGUUUUUUAAACUCUGUUGAUUUUAGGGGUUGUUUUCUUAUGUUUUAUAUUAUUUAACGUAAACUUCUUCUUCAUAUGAUUAAAUACAUAAAUCAUACAGCAGCCUUGCACUGUAGUUCACUAUUACUAUUAGAAGCCAGAGAUGAAGCUGUGACUGGUUUGGAUUCCAAGCCAAAAAAACCCCUCCACACCUCUUAGAUUUCAGCAAUCUCCUUGGUUUGCCCCCCAGCCUUCCUACCAAAGCAAACAGAGUUCUAAUUUGUUAUAAGAAUGAAUGUACAAUGCAUGCACAAAUGUCCUCCCUCCCCCAUUGUUAAACAAUGCAGAGCCAGAAAUCCUUGUUGGGGUGUUCGAAAUCUCUGAGAGUUCUGCUCUGAUAGAUUUGAUCUGCUUUCUGCUCACUGCUGAUAUUGAACCUUUACUGGCCAUUUUCCUCUUUAAGAGAGGGCCAACAAUGGGAAGAAGCUAUUGCCCUCAUGCCCUGCUUCUGGGCUGCCUGGAAUCAUCCACUCUGUACUGCAAUCUCGCCACCACCGAGAAGGCCCUCUGCCUGGUUCCCUGUAACCUCACUUCUCAGAGUGAGGGAACCACCAGAAGGCCCUCGGUGCUGGACCUCAGUGUCCGGGCUGAACGAUGGGGGUGGAGACGCUCUUUCAGGUAUACUGGGCCGAGGCCGGUUAGGGCUUUAAAGGUCAGCACCAACACUUUGAAUUGUGCUCAGAAACAUACUGGGAUCCAAUGUAGGUCUUUCAGGACUGGUGUUAUAUGGUCUCAGAAGCCACUCCCAGUCACCAGUCUAGCUGUCGCAUUGUGGAUUAAUUGCAGUUUCCGGGUCACCUUCAAAGGUAGCCCCACAUAGAGCGCAUUGCAGUAGUCCAAGUGGGAGAUAACCAGAGCAUGCACCACUCUGGCAAGACAGUCUGCGGGCAGGUAGGGUCUCAGCCAGAGUUGAGACGAAGUUCAUCUUUGAAGUGAACUGUUUCACUCCCUUCUUUCUCAUGCUCCUUUUCUCUGCGUCUGGUCAGGCCAAUACAUUUGCUGCUAUACAUGGAUCAAAGCACGUACCUAAGAAUAACGGUUAAAUAGACACAGGAGCACCACUUGUUCCCUGGCACUACAUUAACUAAACAUGUAAUUGCCACCCUGGCUGCAUGUGGACCCUCCCAUUCAUAUAUACACUGACUAGGAAUACACUACAAAUCUGUUCUUAGAAGCACUGGCAUACUGCCACAAAUGCACUUACAAUGGGACUGUUUUUCUUUCUUUUUUUCUAGAGAGUCUGGAGGCUGUCCGAGGCCUUAUGAUAAUAGCCCUCAUUUUUACUUGCUUUGCCUUGCUAUGCGGACAGAACCUUUUAAGCCGCAUCACAAAGAGGAAGAUUCCCGACUGUAUGAUUUCUUCCAUUGCUAACUACUGCGCAGGUAUUGUGUCAGGGCACUUCAUCAUCUAGCAUAACAGUGAGUUUAGUUCUCCAUGUGGAGCAGAAACAGUGCCAGCCAUGGGCAAGAGUGGAGUAUGCUCAGAGGAACUCAGUUCUCUGGGAAGAGGGCUUGACUGUUUGCAUGCUCUGGGCAUUGUAGCUCUGUGAAAGGAAUAGGGAGUUUCCUAGCAACUCUCAGCACUACAUUUCCCAGGGUCCUUUGGGGGAGGCCAUGACUGUUGAAAACAGCAUGAUGCAGCAGCGGGUUGCCAAUCUUUUUUGGACCAGAGGGCAAUAUUGAGAGUGCCGAGGGUUCCAGUCACAAAAUGGCUGCCGUGGAAGGGACAUGGUGUAAGACAAAAUGGCUGCUGUGGGCAGCAUGGCAUAACGUUAGAGUACAGCCACUGCUGUUUCAUUGUUCCUGCCCCUGGUUAACCCCAUACUAACUAUAGAAAGUUGUGAAGAUACAGCUCUAAAUGGGACAAGAACUCUGUUUUCCUUAAUGCCAAUCCUGUACCUACUUGUCAGGAAGAAAGCCCCAUUAAACACAAAGAGACUUACUUCAGAAAUAGGCAUGUGUGACUGGACAUUAUUAAUGAGUGCCUGGACAUCAGCUCCUGCAUAACAGGAAACAUGCCCAAGUCUCUUUCCCAAGUUUUCAUAUUUAAUUUUUCUAUAUUUUUUUGGGGGGUGGGGAACAGCAUUCUUUAACAUCCACACACAAUUUUUGUUGAGUGGUAUUUGAAGAUAAUAACCUUUAGCAAGUAGCCAAUCUCAGACAAAUGCAUCAUAGGAAAGAUGCCUGCUGGUUGGCAAGGGACAAAGAAAGGACAAAAUGCAGAGAUUCUAAGGACUACUUGAAAAUAAGACAAAAGUAGGAACACUAAUGGGAAUGGGAAAAACAGAAGCACUUUAGGACUCCAGGGAUUCCUGUUGCCUGGUGUCCAAACAACCUACUUGUCAAUCACAGUUCUGACUUCACUCAUUGGCUAUAAACACUGAUAGGUGAGAACCAGGCUGUCUCAUUUCACAGAAAUUGCUUAGAAGGCUGCCUGCACAUUUUGCUUUAUAACUUUCUUUCUAGGAGAGCUAGAGAGGUACUCAUUUUUUUUAAUGGAAGCUCAGAGUCUGGGGCAUUUGCCUGGGAGCAGUAGUGAAAACCUUCCUGGGCACUGUGGCACCUAUGGGCUUGGUGGCCCCUGAGACACAGCUUGAAAUGCAUAGUGCUGGUGAGACCUUAGAUUCAUUUUCCAGUAAGGGUUGUGUGUUGGAGGGGAUUCAUUUAGUUCACAUUCUAAUGCAAUGUUCUCAAAUCAGUAUACAAACCAAAACAUACCUCUCUUUUGAAAUUUGCCCUUCUCUGAAUUUUGCAAUUUUGAAUGGUGGUUGGCCUCCAACCGAGGAAUGAUUACAAAAAUGUGCAUAUUACUGAAAACAGCCUAAAGAAACACAUUCGACUUGUGGGAUUGGUGAGGGGUAAAUUACUUGCAAAAAUGCUUAUACUAGGCAAAACUGUGUAAGAAAGUGCACCUAUUUUUGAAAAUGUGCCCAAAAACACAUACAAAUUUCCACUUCAGAUAAACGAAUUGCAAUGGGUUAAACCAAACUGUAACUGACAGGUCCAUCCACAUCGAGUUGCCAGUCUCGUAGGGCUUAGUACAUGUCAUGUGGGGGGUUGUAGGUAAAGUGGAAGAUUUACCAUCUUGUCCUUUGUCUCAGGCAGCAAAAUGUUUUGGGACAUCCCUGUCUAAUAAGAGUUUCUUGCUUGUUUGCAGGACUCUGCACUGUCAGUUCUCUAAUGAUUGUGUUGUUUGAGGUCCGUGUUGUCAUAGAUGCAGAUGUUAUACACCUGGCACCAGACUGGGCUUUCUGCAUAGCUUGCGUCUCCUUCUCUCUCAGCUUAGUGUUGGGUGAGUACAUCCUAUUCUGAGUCAGAUAAAAAUCUUGGUAAACUGGGGUCAGCUUUGUUUUCUCUCAUAUAUAUGAAUGAAUAUAUAUAUGAGAAAAUGAGCUUCAAUUUCAUAUACAAGCUUCAUUUUCUCACACUUCCAGGAUUAGUCUUCUCAUUUCCCAAUUUCUCUUCCAGGUACACAAAACCUGCUAUGGGACAGGAAGUUCCACAAAAAAGUAAAACCAUCCCAAGAGGAAGAGCCAUCAACACCCAGUGACCCUUGAGUAUAGCCCACGGACUAUGACACCUGUCACAGGUGUUCCCCAGUCAGGUGGGGCCUUGAAACCUGACUGGCCAAUGGGCGUUCUGUUUGGUGAUGUCACUUAACCAAGAGCCAUUUGGAAUAAGCCUGGAUUGCAGAAAAGAUGCCCACUUUCAUCUCUGCAACAUCACUUUUGAGAAGCCUUCUUACCCAAGUGCCCUGCUGGAAUCAUUAAAAUUAUCUCAUCCAUUACCGGGAUACCUUUUAUUCAGCAAUCGCUUUUGCCUCGGGUGGAAUAUCCCUCUUGCUUUCCAAGACUGCCCCAUUUCCCCACUUGCUUCUAAUUGUUGCUGCUGUUGUUUUUAUUACAAUAUAUGUAUAUAUUGUGAGGACUGGCCAUGUCUCAGUCAGAUGUGAU